ACCUUAGAUAGUCCCAUGAGUCUCAGCUGGAGCAGUCCGGGGAUUUGUUAGUGUUUGAUACCUUAUCCGUCAGUAUUGUAAUGUAUAGAGGUGUUACUCUUUACUGACACCAACACCUGACUGUUGUCUGCAGCGAGACAUAUUAAUAGCAGCUAUGCGGUUACCUUAACUGAGCAAUAACGCUAGUUAGCUAAGCAGCUAACAGUGUUAUUAUGAGUGUAUGAUCAUGUUGGGACUUUUAACGCCCCAAACUCGUCAUGUUAAAGUAUUUAUCAAAGCGUUUGGACAGACAAACAUACCUAGAUGUUCCUCAAUCAGUUGUCAGACUGAGUAUAUCCGCAGAUUUAUUUCAGAGAACACAGAGGUAGUUGGGGAGCAGAGUUUGACCCCAGAGUUCAAACUCAGGCUGUUCACCCCAAACUGCAGAUUUUGGAGAGAAAAACCAGAGCUCUGGCCCUUUGACGACCCGUACUGGGCCAUAUACUGGCCAGGAGGACAAGCACUCUCCAGAUAUCUCCUGGAUAACCCUGCAGUGUGUCGGGGUAAAAAAGUUCUGGAUUUGGGGAGCGGCUGUGGAGCCUCAGCCAUUGCUGCAAAACUAUGUGGUGCUGCUCAUGUAGUUGCCAAUGACAUUGACACUGUUGCAGCCGUUGCGACCCACAUGAACUGCGAGCUGAACAGCCUAGAGCCACCUGUUUGUUUGACUAACAACAUGAUUGGCUCAGCACCCGAUGGCUUUGACUUGAUCCUCCUAGGUGACAUGUUCUACGACGAGGCCCUCGCCACCAGCCUUCACAGCUGGCUGGAUAACUGCAUCCACACCCACGGCACCAGAGUCCUGAUCGGAGAUCCUGGGAGAGCCCAGUUUGAGGAACACUGCAUCCGACGACUCCUGCGUCAGCUGGCUCAGUUUGAGCUGCCUGAGUCCGUCAGAGAGGAGAACUAUGGUCUGACCUGCAGCAGUGUUUGGUGCUAUCGUCCUGAACUCUGAGGACCUGAGAGGAUCUGUUAUGCUUUCUUGUUUGAAUGUGACAAAUAUGUCACAUGUACUCACCUGCAAGGAAUCUGUAAGGUGUUAUGUGAUUACUGUGUAGUAAUCAUCUAGAGUAAGUCUCACUUAGUUGUCACUUGUUGCCUUACAGAAAACUAUCAUCCAAUAUGCUUUCAAUACCCACUAUUGUUGUGGCAGAAAACCAAUGAAGUUUGGAGUUUGCAACCAGCGGGGAUAUUUUAUUGCAGACGAGCUUACAACAAAAUUCCACACGUUCGUCCUUUCAUCAUAUCUUAUAUACUUUUGUGGUCAUCCCACCAGCCAAUCACAUCUUGCCAAGUGGACCAUAACAAAACACAUCUGGCUUUCUAGUUGAAUCCUGUUCUGAAAUGUCAUGAUCACCUUUUUGGCAAAACAGCUACUGACAUGUUAUUCUUAUUUCCUGGCACGACGUUACCUCUGUUAUGGGAAUUGCCAAGAACAAGUUGUUGUUCUUGGCAAGUCAACUUAUUUCCACAGAUGAUCUUAACAACCAGGUUAUUGGGGUUCAACAUAACAAGUUCUAUAUAUGGCUAUAAAGUUGUAUACCAAAUAGAUUUCCCUUAACAUAUCCCCCCUCUUAGUGCCCCCCAAUACCCCCAAUUUUGCAUUGUUUUUAUUUUGUGUCUACUUUGGGGCUCCAUAGUGUUUGUUUUUGUGGGACACUCAACAGCUUUCCGCUGUUUUUUGUGUACCACAAAUUUUAAGCUUUCAGCCAUAAUAAACGUGCCGUGCAACAUUAUUUUUCA